UGAGGAGCCAGUUACAGCUGGCACUCAGCCUCAGAGCCACAGCAAGGCACUGGCACACAGGCACAGGGGCGCGAUGGCAAACGAAGUACAAGUUCUGCCGUCCCCGCUGAAAGGGCGACAUGCUCCAGCAGUGAAAGCUGGAGGGAUGCGAAUUUCCAAAAAACAAGAGAUGGGCGUUUUGGAAAGACACACAAAAAAGACAGGCUUGGAGAAAACAAGUGCUGUCACAAAUGUCACCAAGAUACAGAUGUUGGAUGCUCUGACCGACACGCUGGACAAGCUCAACCAUAAAUUUCCAGCAACAGUUCACACAGCACAUCAGAAACCCACACCUGCUCUGGAGAAGGCUGCUCCACUGAAGAGGGCCUACAUUAUUCAGCAGCCUCGAAAAUGUUAGGCCAGGAUAGAAAACACAGCCAUCUGGUCAACUUCCCCGCAAUCUGACAGCUCAGCAAAAAAAAUGGCCAACCACUUCCUGUAGGCAUGCUGCCCUGGCUUGGUAAAUAAAACAAUUUUUGUAUCUUCCCUUCUCACUUUAGAUAAUAAAGUUUCUGGAAUUAUGAA